AUGAACAUGAACCUCCCCACCGUCUCUCUCACCGCCUUCCUCGCCGACCCAACGGGGGAAGAAGGCCUCCGCCAAGCCCGCCUAGCGGCCGAAAGUCUCAUCCUGACAGGCGCGGUCAUCGUAGCGGACGAACGAGCGAGUAAAGGGGCGAACGAUAGGUUUUUGGACUUGUUUGAGGAUUAUUUUGCUUUAGGGGAUGAGGAACUUAGAAGGGAUGAGAGGCCAGAAUAUGGGUAUCAGGUGGGAGUGACGCUGGAGAAUACCGAAAAGCCAAAAUGUAGCAGUGACGAUGAGUGUCAAGCGAUCAUUGCGCAGUUGGAAGCAGGGGAGAGACCGUUGGAUCUACUGGGUCACAAUGCGGACCCCAAGUGCCGCUUCUUCCACCGCAUGUCCAAGCUCCCGCCCUAUACUUCUAAAUUCGACAUUUCCGAAAUCCCCAAUGUCACGCCCAAAGCGUUCGAACAGGACUGGGCGGGCAGAGUGGACGAGUGGGGCUUGUGUAUGAAGCAGGCGGUGGAAGGCGUAGCUCGGAUGGUUGCUGCCGGUUUAGGGCUGGAGGAGGAUACGUUUGUCCAAGCGGGUCAAUAUGGAUCUCACCUGCUCGCUCCGACGGCUACCAAUCUGGAUAAGUACGGCAAGCUCAACAGCAUCUUUGCGGGCUUCCAUACGGACCUGAACUUUCUAACAAUCCACGGACAGUCCCGAUAUCCCGGAUUGCACAUUUGGGCUCGGAACAAUGGGAAACGUAUCCCCGUCAAGAUCCCACCGGGGUGUUUACUCGUUCAGGCGGGAAAACAGAUCGAGUGGAUGACGGGUGGACUUAUCAAGGCCGGGUUCCAUGAGGUCGUAUGUACCCAGGCUACGCUAGAUGUUAUGAAGCGGAGGAAGGAGGAGAAUCCAGAUCGGCCUCAAAUUAGGAUAUCGUCUACUUUUUUCUGGCACCUCUCGCCUGAUCAUCUCCUUGUGCCCGUGCCGGCGCUACAGGAGGAGGCGGAGAAGCGGUUUGGGCAACAGAAGGAGUACGGGGAGAUGUUGGUGGGGGAUCAAGUAAGGAAAGAAUUAGGUCUUAUCGCAUUGAUGGCUCCCGAAUAA